UUACUACAAAUAAUGUUCAUUAUGCAUAAUAUGAGAUGUUUGGAACAAUGAAUUUUUAAAUAAAUUGGCAAAGUUCAAACAAAGAUACAAAGUUCAUUCAAGCCAUAGAAAAAAGAAUUGCGUAAUUUUUAUGCUUCUAGUAAAAGAACCAAUGCUAUCAGAAGAAAUUAACUGCAGAAUACCCGAGUCUGUCUAAAAAUCUGUGAUCAAGAGAAGAAGUUUGUACAAAAAAAAAAGGUAAUCACUACUCAUGAUAACAUAUGAUUGGUAUUGAUUGUGUCAUUUUGAAUAGACCCUAAGAAGUCAAAGACUUGUUUGUUUGUUGGAGAUCGAGGCCUUGGUAUUGGUUCAGGGAUAAAAGGGCAUAGAAGAUAUGGAGGAUGAUGGGAAUAGAAACUACUCGGAGGCAGAAGUAUUGCAUGCAUCACAAGCGAGCAUAAUAUGUCCUAGACUUGUGCCUUUUUGUUUCCAGAAAUUAAUCCAUCCAGUUAACAGAAGCGACAAGGCAACAAGAACAGCGAAAGGUGCUUUCUAUUGCUUGAAUAAGAACUGUAUUUUCGUAAGGAACAAGAAGGCGAUUAUGUCUCAUGACCGAUUGUCAGCUCUGACAAUUGGUAUUGUUGGUCUCUCUACAAUGUUGUUCCCAUAAAACUCA